UCAUGUCUGCAUGCUCCCCCUUCAUCGCUCCCCCCCCCCGACUGUAUCCCAGCGGGUCCCGGCUUCCAUACAUGGUCACGGCCCUGCUUCUAACUCCCUGACGUUCCCCCCCCCCAAUCCUCCGCCCCCACCGGACACGGCCCCCGCCCUACUCUCCCCAAGCUGUCGGCCAGCGCACCGCCAUGGAGGACCUGGAUGCCCUGCUCUCUGACCUGGAGACCACCACUUCACACAUGUCACGGUUAGGGGCUCCAAAAGAGCGCCCCCCAGAGACACUCACACCUCCCCCACCCUAUGGCCACCAGCCACAGACAGGGUCUGGAGAACCUUCAGGAGCCUCUGGGGACAAGGAUCAUCUAUACAGCACAGUAUGCAAGCCUCGGUCCCCAAAGCCUGUGGCCUCUGUGGCUCCUCCGUUCUCCUCUUCCAGUGGUGUGUUGGGCAAUGGCCUCUGUGAGCUAGACCGUUUGCUUCAGGAACUUAAUGCCACCCAGUUCAACAUUACAGAUGAAAUCAUGUCUCAGUUCCCAUCUAGUAAAACAGCUGAAGGGGAAGAGAAGGAGAACCAGUCUGAAGACAAGAGCUCACCCACUGUCCCUCCCAGCCCAUUCCCUGCCCCCUCAAAGCCUUCAGCCACCUCUGCCACUCAGGAGCUGGAUAGACUGAUGGCCUCGCUCUCUGACUUCCGAGUUCAGAACCAUCUUCCAGCCUCAGGGCCACCUCAGCCUCCAGCAGCGAGCCCCACCCAUGAAGGAUGCCCAUCUCCACCAGGACAGACUAGCAAAGGCAGUCUGGACACCAUGCUGGGCCUGCUGCAGUCUGACCUCAGCCGUCGUGGUGUCCCCACGCAGGCCAAGGGCCUCUGUGGCUCCUGCAAUAAACCCAUAGCUGGGUGGUCACGGCACUGGGUAGAGCUUGGCACCCGGAGCACUUCCUUUGCAGUGGUUGUUCCACAACCCUGGGAGGCAGCAGUUUCUUCGAGAAGGAUGGGGCUCCCUUUUGCCCCGAGUGCUACUUUGAGCGCUUCUCCCCACGAUGUGGCUUCUGUAAUCAACCCAUCCGACACAAAAUGGUUACGGCCUUGGGCACCCACUGGCACCCAGAACAUUUCUGCUGCGUCAGCUGCGGAGAGCCUUUUGGAGAAGAGGGUUUCCACGAGCGGGAGGGCCGUCCGUACUGCCGGCGGGACUUCCUGCAGCUGUUCGCCCCGCGCUGCCAGGGCUGCCAAGGCCCCAUUUUGGAUAACUACAUCUCGGCACUCAGCGCGCUCUGGCACCCAGACUGCUUCGUGUGCAGGGAAUGCCUUGCGCCCUUCUCCGGAGGCAGCUUUUUUGAGCACGAGGGUCGCCCUCUGUGUGAAAACCAUUUCCAUGCUCAGCGUGGUUCGCUGUGUGCCACAUGUGGCCUCCCAGUGACUGGCCGCUGCGUGUCUGCUCUGGGCCGACGCUUCCACCCAGAUCACUUCACCUGCACCUUUUGCCUGCGCCCACUCACCAAAGGCUCCUUCCAGGAGCGUGCCAGCAAGCCUUACUGCCAGCCUUGCUUCCUGAAGCUCUUCGGCUGACCUCCUCUUGGGAUCACAGAUCUUCAAAACCAAGCCUUCAAAAACACAUUCGUGAAAAGGACCGAGUCCUCCAGAUCCCUGGCUCUGGAGCUACCCAAGCAUCCUUGCUCCCACUCCCACUCCCACCCCCAUCCCCAUUGUGGCCCAGCCACUGGAGAGGCCUACCCCUAAGGUGCUCUAGGUUUGUCAACUUCAGAAAGGGCCCCACAGCCUGGAAUAUAGCUCUCACUUUGACACGAUUCUAGUUUUCUAGUCUGACCAAGUAGAGGCCAGGAUGUCCCUGUUCACCCAUUCUGUACACUUUUUUUUUCUACAAACAUAAAAACACACUCCACGUCUUACAGUGCCAGAGAACCUUGCUUUACUACCCAGAGCCCUUGCUCUGUGCUCUGAAGGGCUCCAGGCCACAGCUCUGUGGAGGGGACAGAACUGUACCCCCUUGGGGAUAACAAAUAGCAGAUGAAGGCAGGCCUGGAGAGGAAUGCCUGUAAUCCCAACAUGGAGGCCAAGGCAGAUAUCUUCAGUUGCAUAGCAAAAUUGAGGCCAGUUGGGUUUAUGAGACUAUCUCAAAACAAAACAAAACAAAACAAAAACCCCCAAACCCCUGGAAACCAAAAUUCAAAGCAAUGGCAAAAGAGGGAAAGGUGUAGUAGUUCAUGGCUCUAAUCCCAGCAUGCUGGAGGCAAGUUCAACACCAAUUCAAAAACAGGCUGGCCGUAUGUAGUGAGUUCCAGGCCAGCCUGGCUCCUGGCUAUAAUAGAAGACUAAGUACCAAUAGGGUGGGGUUGGGGCACCAGAAGACCCGGGUUCCAUUCCCAGCACCUGCAACUGUCUGUAACUCCAGUUCUAAGGAGUCCAACCCCUUCUUUUGGCCUCUGCAGGCACUGGUACACAAAUGGUGCACAGACAUACAAACAGGCAAAAUGCCCCUACAUAGAAAGCACAAUUGUUUAAAAAGGGGGUUGGAGAAAUGGCUCAGUGAUUGAGUCCUGUACAUUCAGAAGAUGUGUUCAGUUCCUAGCCCCCACAUAGUGGCUCACAAUCAUUUGCAACUCCACUUCCAAGGAGUUGAGGACACCAUGAGUUAUCAUUUAUUUUAAAAGACAUUUUUAACAUACAUCUUAACCACAGAGUCAAAAGAGAGGCACUGGGGAAGAAAGGAAGAUAUGCUUCAAACCGUAGGUAUGGGCUCCUGAAAGGUAGACAAGUCAGCUCUGUUUUAGAGGUGAGCAUAUAGGAUUUUAACUGCUAAUGAGUUUCUCAUGCACCGUCUACUUCUCUGUCUGUAUUCCUCUUUUUGGUACUUAAGAUUGGGUGGACAUCUGGACAAAGUGGGAGCUACAGAAUGGGAAAAGAUCUUUACCAAUUACACAUCCCAUAGAGGGUCUAUAUCAAUAUUAAAAGAACUAAAACAAAACAAAAACCUGGAUGUUAAGAAAAUAAGUAGCCCAAUUAAAACAGGGUACGGAACUAAGCAAGUUCUCGAAAGAUGAAACACAGUGGCUAAGAAACAUUUAAGGGAGUGUGCAACAUCCUUAGUCAUCAGGGAAAUGCAAAUCAAAACUACCUUGAACAGCACUUGGGAGAGAGACAGAGGCCUCCUGAUCUACAGAGUGAGUUCCAGGACAGCCAGGGCUACACAGAGAAAACCCUGCCUUGAAAAACAAAAACAAAUGACCAAUCAAAAAAACCCCAGAUUACUUUGAGAUUUCAUCUUACUUUAAUCAGCAUGGCAAAGAUCAAUAAAGCAAAUGACAGCCUAUGCUGCUGGGGAUGUGGGGGAAGGGGAAUACUUAUGCAUUGCUUGUGGGAGUGCAGACUUGUUCAGCCACUCUGGAAAUCAGUGUGGAGAUUCCUCAGGAAUCAGGGAAUAGAUAGAUCUACCUCACAAUCCAGCUGAUCACUCUUGGGCAUACCCCAAAAGGACUCUACAUCCUACUGUAGAGACACUUGUCCAUCCAUGUUCAUUGCAGCUCUGUUCAUAGUAUCCAAAAACUGGAAAUAGCAAAGAUGCUGUUGAUGGAUGAAUGGAUAAGGAAAACAUGUUAUAUCUACACAAUGGUAUAUUAUUCAGCUGUUUAAAAACAUACAAUAAUGAAAUUCACCAGUAAAUGAAUGGAACUAGAAAAAAAAUAAUUCUGAGCAAGGAAACUCAGAUCCAGAAAGACAAAUAUGGUAUGUAUUCUCCUAUGUGUGGGUGUUAUCUUUUAAGCUCUCAAUAGACAUGCUACGAUGCAUAUAAUCACAGGGGUUAGGUAUGGAGUAAGGGACUUGCAGGGUAGAUUGUCCAAGGAAGGGAAAAUAGAAUAUAUAUAGUUAUGGAGAGACAGGAGAAAGGAGAACAGGAAGAUUAC